CCCCUCCCGACGGGCGCCCCACGCGGAAGACACCCCCUCCCCCGCCCGCUUCCCCUCCUCCCUACCUCAGUCCUUCGCACUGGGACGUUGGGGAGGGGGCUGCAGCCCGACCGACUCAACUCGGCGCAGGAUCCCGAGAAUGGUAGAUAACACUGAUCAUCUCUGGAAAGGAUAUUGAUUCACCUCAUGUAAAGUAUGCUCAGUUCCUUUCCAGUGGUUUUGCUGGAAACCAUGUCUCACUAUACAGAUGAGCCCAGAUUUACCAUAGAGCAGAUAGAUCUUCUUCAGCGCCUUCGGCGUACUGGGAUGACUAAACAUGAAAUUCUCCAUGCCUUGGAAACUUUGGACCGUCUUGAUCAAGAACAUAGUGACAAAUUUGGAAGAAGGUCCAGCUAUGGAGGAAGUUCGUAUGGGAAUAGUACCAACAAUGUUCCAGCUUCUUCCUCUACAGCCACUGCUUCCACACAGACUCAGCAUUCAGGAAUGUCUCCAUCACCUAGCAACAGUUAUGAUACCUCCCCACAGCCUUGUACUACCAAUCAAAACGGGAGGGAGAAUAAUGAGCGGCUAUCCACAUCCAAUGGAAAGAUGUCACCAACUCGCUACCAUGCAAACAGCAUGGGUCAGAGGUCAUAUAGUUUUGAAGCCUCAGAAGAGGACCUAGAUGUAGAUGAUAAAGUGGAGGAAUUAAUGAGGAGGGACAGCAGUGUGAUAAAAGAGGAAAUCAAAGCCUUUCUUGCCAAUCGGAGGAUUUCCCAAGCAGUUGUUGCACAGGUAACAGGCAUCAGCCAGAGCCGGAUCUCUCACUGGUUAUUGCAGCAGGGAUCAGACCUGAGUGAACAGAAGAAAAGAGCCUUUUACCGAUGGUAUCAACUUGAGAAGACAAACCCUGGGGCUACAUUAAGUAUGAGACCAGCCCCUAUUCCAAUAGAAGAUCCAGAAUGGAGACAAACGCCUCCUCCAGUCUCUGCCACAUCUGGUACCUUUCGACUACGACGAGGAAGCCGAUUUACCUGGAGAAAGGAAUGCCUGGCUGUCAUGGAAAGUUACUUCAAUGAGAAUCAAUAUCCAGAUGAAGCAAAAAGAGAAGAAAUUGCAAAUGCUUGCAAUGCUGUAAUACAGAAGCCAGGCAAAAAACUCUCAGAUCUGGAACGAGUAACCUCCCUGAAAGUAUAUAACUGGUUUGCUAACAGACGGAAGGAGAUCAAGAGGAGAGCCAAUAUCGAAGCAGCAAUCCUAGAGAGUCAUGGGAUAGAUGUCCAGAGUCCAGGAGGCCAUUCCAACAGUGAUGAUGUUGAUGGAAAUGACUAUUCUGAGCAGGAUACUUGGCAAGUACGCAAUGGGGAGGAGGAGGAGGGAAGAAGUUCAGAGGGAGGCAGAGAAGCAGAGAAGGAUGACAGCACUAGCCAUAGUGACCACCAAGACCCCAUCUCACUAGCUGUGGAAAUGGCAGCAGUCAACCACACUAUCUUGGCAUUGGCCCGACAAGGAGCCAACGAAAUCAAGACAGAGGCCCUGGAUGACGACUGACCAGGGAGGGUGGAACACGAAAAGUUAACUUAGUUUAGAUGUAGCACCUUAGCAGACUUUCCUCGGUCCUUAACAUGUGUUCUUACAGUAUAACUUACAGUUUCUUGUAUGUCAGUUAGCCAUUAGGGUCUUGUUCUGUGAAGAUGGCAUGGUGCCCUCAGCCUUUGCAUAUACUACUCUCUCAGUAUUAACUCCUAGUAAGUAACCAACCAGCCAACCAAAUUCCUACCCCUGUUAGCCACCCCCACCCACCCAAGGCUAGAAAAUCUUGCUGCUCUGUCUUAGUAUUCCAAGAAAGUGCUUCCAGGUAUUUAGAUAGCCCUCAGUUCUCAAAUAUUAGGCUAUAUGUAAACCUUGGGCACCUUUAGAGUCCUAUAACAAUAGUCUGAACCCCUUUUCCCUUUCCCAAGACUGACAGGAUGCAAGCUGAGGUAGUGUGGCCCAGGAUGGACAGAUGCCAUUUGGAGAGUAUUGUAGAGUAAAAAGAACACUAGAAUCCCCGCCUUGGCAUGGGUGGGGGACGAUUGCCAGCAGCAAUAAGCCGUGCCUCACAUAAUAGUCACUCUGUGGCUAGAUUAUCCUUCUCUGGGUGCUGUGCUAAGAAUGUCAAUGGAAAAACUCAGUCUCAGAUUUGGGUUGGUGUUAACAUGCCUGACAGACCUCCUUUCCUCUCAACAAGCUAUGUGACCUAGUAGGUAAAAUACUGCCUUCUGCCUUUUGGGACCAUGAUUAAAACAAGACAUAACAGUCCUAAAACAAACAAACCCAGCUUGAGAGCAGUGGAAAAAAUACACAAGCUGAAUGUCUAAUGGAUGUUAAAUCCAGUUCUCAGAAGCACUGUCCAUGUCGUGGCACCGGUUGUGCCCACCUGCUUGGAAAAGUGCUGCAGGUCAUUCCGGAAGCUGCUUUGCCUCCUGUUUGGGUCCCCUUUCCCCUGCUACCGAAAGAGGCUUUCAAGGAUGGAGCUAAGGUCAAACCUGAGUGACUGAACGUUCAUUCUUGGUAUCCAUUAACUGAAGCCCCUCCAUCUGAGAGUCAUGAGAGGACUUUCUAGUGGGAUUUUGCUGACUGACUACCACAGAUGCAAGUACUUGCCUAAGUAGCAGCAGAAAAAAGCAGGUUGCCACUUAGGUGGUGGGUCUGUGAAACACAACGGGAUGUGACUGCUUUGGUGUUCUCUUUACUCUGUCCUUGUAGAGGUGUGAAAAAGCUAUUGCUACAGGCAAUUUAUUUAAUAAUUGGAAGCCAUAUUGAUAAUGGAGGUGGUAAUACUUGUAAAGUUUAAUCUACUUUAAGCAGCAGUAACUAAUGGAAUUUUUUUUCCUUGAUCACAUAUGUAGCACUUUUGUUACUUUUUAAAGAUAUUUAUAUUUGAUAAACCUUUUUUUUUCCAUUUCAAAAACUCAAAAUACCAAACAGUGAACUUGUGUUAUAAAGUCACCCUGUGAUCACCUUGUCAUCCAGUAGCAAAAUGAUGAACUACUCAUGCAUCAAAGAAAAUUACAUCUGCUGGCCUUGUAUGAAAAUGAUCUCUUGGCAUCCCGAUUAAAUGACACACUGUCACUGUGGGUAAGAGAAAACAGCCUUCAAAUGUAGCGGCGUGGGGCACAUCUGACAGAGGCACAACUGCUGUGGAUUUUCUGCCUUGUUCCACUUCUUUAAAUCUCAUGGAGUCUUGUUUAAGGGGGACUGAGGAGUUGCUGGCUACACAGGGCUUCAGUCUAUGAUCUGAACACAAUUUCUGAACUAGGAAAAUGGUGCCAUUUCUUUUACCUGCUCAUCCCUCCUAUUCCCCAAAUAUAGUAAAAUUUAAAAAAAAAAAACAUUCAGAGAGACUAACUGAUCAUCUUAGUUUCCUCUUUCUUCUUAGUGAGAUCCUAACUCCACUCAUGGCGCAUGCUGACAGUGGUCUCUGCAUCUGCUAGUCCUGCUUGUCAGUGUGAAGACUUUUGGAGAGGUAUGAGGAAAUUGCCACCUUAUGUGGGUAAGACCUGGACUACUAACUCUUGUCCAUGGCUUUUUUUUUUUUUUUUGGGGGGGGGGAAUGUAUGUAUUUAAAUCUCCCAAGAAUUGAGAUAAAACACAGGCUUCUUUUUUACUGUAUUACUUGAACCAACAUAUUUAAGAGGAGCAUUUAUUAUUCUCAGGAAUGAUUCCCGCCCCUUCCCUUGCCUUUUCUUUCUUGGUGUGGUUAGCUUUUUUAUUUCAGUUAGGAGUGUGUGUUAAUUUCUGUUCCCUUCUAUAUCACUUAGAAGAAUUAUAAUAUUGUAUCUUGCCAUUUUGGUGGAAUUUUGUCUGCUUAUUCUCAGUUGACUCAAAGAGGAGGAGAGAGGAAAUACCCUGUGUGACAAGCCACAUCCAUGAUUUAGUGUAAGGAGAUCAUUGUGAUUGAUAGCUUCUUUAUGAUGGGACUGCCAGUAUCAUUUGUUCUUGCUGUUUUUUUGUUUUUUUUUUAAAGAAAUGGACUGUAUUAAGACAGCUGCAGUUUCUAAAGAAAUACAGUGAUUGCCAGAGAGAAGCUAAAAGGUUUCAUUGUUUUAAGACCUUUAAGCAUAAGAAAAAAGCUUCAGAAAAUGAAGGCAGUAUCAGGCCUUGUCUGACAGUCUGGUUAAAAACUGAACGAUUGUUUGCUAGUGCAAGAUAGUAUUUAUACUAAGUUAAGGGGAGGGAAUAGUUCACUCAGAAUUCUUCUUUAAUUUGAGAAACCCAAUUCACUGCCUUACAUAUAACUUCAUUCUUUUACCAAGAUAAAAAUUUACUUUUGGGGAGUGAAAUCAGUCAUUGGUUUUAUCUUUGUCCUUACAAUGGUAGAUGGAAUUAAGUAUCUGUUUUGCCAUAUCUUUUCAGGUUUUAGAGGUGGCAUUAAAAUAGGGCUCCUAACCUGCUCUAUCACUGAAGUAAACUAUCCAGGCUCUUUAAAAAAAAAAAAAAAACAUAUAUAUAUAUAUAUGCCUUUUGGUUUUUCUGCCCCUCUUUGCUCUUUAUUUUCUUUAUUCUGUGCGUUCUUCAGGCCCUAGAGGACUGUUUGAGGGGUUUCUUUUUCCUGGCUAGGAAAGAGUAUGAAUAGAGGGUGUGGAAACUUUACUAGCCAUUUAAUUUUUCUAUUGUUUGUUUGUAAAAAAUUCACUUCCAGGGGCAGAGAGUUCACAGGCCUUGUCAUGGGCAUAGCCCUCAAUUGAAAUGAAAAAGCAACCUAGAAGAAGUGAAUUGAGAAUGCACAAGGUCCUGGACCUAACUAACUAACUAAAUAAAUAAAUAAAAAUAAAAGACUUCUGUUGAAUCCUAGGAUCAGAUAGGCAGACGUCCCACCUAUCUUCAAACACAUGCUUACCAGGAAACCUUUUCAAGCUAGACCUGUCUGUUGAUAACCCUGACAUCAGAGGAAGGCCAGGGGAGAGCAAUACUUUACAUUUAUAUGAAACCUUCUAGUGCCAUCAGGUAUCAUUGUAGAUCUUUGGAGGUUAUUUCAGUAAAGCUUACAUUAGCCUACCCACUUAAGGUAGUUCUCAUAACAAUCUAUUUUUUAAGUGGUUGCUAAGAGUAACUACCUCCCUCCUGACUGGGGACUCUCUAUACAGUUCCACAUACAAAUUCAGUCAAACAUUCCCAUAUUCCUUAACAGAAAGAACAAACCUGGAGUAGAGGACCCUUUAAGGCACCUUUUACUCCAACUCAGUAGAAAUGACCACUUGAAAAGAUUUAGUGAGGACGAAGGAAGCCCAUUAAUACAGAAGUAUGCAAAUUCAGCACUCAAGUUCCUGGUAGUCUUUUUUUGAUGUCCAGUGAUUAGAACCUCUGCAGGGGCAGAGGGCCGGGUAUACUUUGAGCUCAUGAAGAAUUCACUAAUACAGUUGCUUUGUUCCCCUUGACUAGACUGUCUUCAGGAAAAAAAACAAAAAACAAAAAACCAUCAGUAUAAAUGGAAUCCAUUUUAUCAGACAUUUCCAGUAUAUUUAUUCUCUUUAGCUGUGAACCAUUCCUCUUCCAUUUUCCUCUGGGCUCCAACAUGCAGUCCUUGAGGUCUUGAGCUGACUUGUGUGGAACCUGCCUCCACAUUAGGUGAAGUGGGUGGAGUAGGUGGGGUGGCUCACCCCCCCCUUCCUGUUUUGCAGUCAAGUACAUUUCCAGUUCCAAUAUCUCCAGCCAGCUACCUGAUCUUCACCCUCAGCAGGGGAAAUAAAUCCAUGUCCAUGAGUGAUCCUCUACCCCAAAACCUAGAAAUCACCCCUAUCCUAAAAAAUGUGAACUUCAAGUCCUUACCCUCUUUGGUUUUAAGAAGGGCUUGGUUAGAAGCAGUCUUCCCACUGAACUUGUGGCUCUGCCUUUUGAAAUUGCUAGUCUAUUAUCCCAAUGAGUCUCAACCAGUUCUUAGGCAAUAAUUUAUCCUGUGCUUAGUAGCCGUCUCCAUUGACUAGUCCUCACCCUCUAGUCGUGCGUUGGCUUCCUGUGUUGCUCUCUGUGAUUUCAUCUCAUGUCAGAGUGGUCAGUUUGUCAUUCUGUUGUUGUGAUUACUAGUCAUGUUUUACUACUGUAUUCACGGAGGCUGCAUUGAGACCAGCCAAAUCCAUUUAUAGCUUUACUGAGCCGGAUUUGUCAAAAUUUCCCAAGUGAAAGUUGGGCACAUUGACCAGUUCCCACUGGGUAUCUUUGGGGGAUAGGGAACGUGGGGGGCAGGGGUGGGAGUUAUACAUAUGAAACAUUCCUUUUUGUGUGCUCUGUAAAUAGAAAGGAUAUUUACUCAGGAUUUGGAAAUCAGUUGUCAGCCAUAUUGAAUUUGGCAAACUGAGCUACAUUCUCUAGAAACCUUCUCACUGUUUCUUAAUUUCCUUACUAUCUAUCGCACAUUACCUAGUAAAACCCAAGUUGCACCACAAUGAGAAUUAAAAAUGUUCCUGGAGAGGCAACUACAGGUUACCAGGUUUUCCUUUUAUCACUCUCUCACCAGUGGUGUGCUGUCAGGGCUGAGGCUGCUCCUUGUUCGUUCCUGUGGUUUCCUAUACGCUCUUUCCAAAAGAUGACUUUCACUUAAGAGGCAAGAUUUCCUUAUUGCUGUUAGAACUACCACACUAAUGUGGUAGGAACAGCUUUUAAAUUGCCUCAAGUCUGUAAGUUCAUUUUCCAACUACAGAAACUCCUCUCACAAGAAUGUUUGGGAAGGCUGUUCUUAAUUCUCUAAAGUGGGAAGUGCUAAGCUAUUGCUGUUGCCAUCAUAGAGAAGCUAAUGGUCGACUGAGUUCUGAAGUACAACUUUGUUCAGAUCUAUAUGCAUGUUCAAAAGCUGGGAGUUUAUAAAUUGAGAAGUAUGUAUAUCAGCAUUGCUCUUUCGUGAUCAAGUGGGAAUAUAGGAGAGAAGAGAAUGGAGGAAUUCUAAGGACUGAGGGACCUAUGGAAGUAGCAGGUGCCUUGGGAUUGCAAAUGUGAGUGGCCCUGGGAUUCUUGUCUGUUCUUCCUCCGAUGACAUGAGUGACUGGGCAGUGGUAGCACUUCAUCUAGUUGAACUCACUGGAGUGAAAACUGACUCCACUUGACACCAUCUCCAUGUGCGUCACGCCCAGGACCUCACUAUUAACAAACCAAAGGAUGUCAGCAGGGACAUCUUGCCUUUCUCCUUAUGCCCCUUUUGGCAGGUUUUCUGAUCAGCAUGCCUCAGCCUGGACAGCAGUAUCUGUCCUGCUGUGAUGUUGCCCCUCAGCCCUGCACUGCACUCGUGCAAGCAGGGAUGUGAGCUCACAGCUUUCCCGCGCUUAGACAUCUUGGGAUGCCAGUCCCCUGACUCUACUUCCUUUUCUCUCUCUUUGAAAAUAAAAGUGGCUCUCACAGCCAUAAUUAACUCAAAUUCACAUUGGUGUGCUGUGAUCAAAUGAAGGUUUGCCUGAAUCCUUUUCAAAUUGUAACCAUGGUAAUUGAUGGGGGUGGCAUAGAAUGAAUAUAUAAAAAUAUAAUGACAAUUGUUCUGAAUGACUGAGUGUCCUCCUGACAUGUAAUUAGCUGUUUUAGCAAGAUGUAGAUUGGCAUGGUCAUAAUUAAAAGGAUUUCUGUCCUUUAUGUGACUGAAGAUGGCAGCUCUCCCAUUCCCUGCUCCCUUUUAGCACUUGUGCUCCCAAGAACAUUUGGAACAGCAACUCCGUAAACUACAAUAAUGGCAUGGUGUUCAUGUCCUCUCCUAAGUGAAAGAGUUUGGAGUUAUUUCAGCUGUAGAAUGGAAGCCUUUGAUUAUUGCUCCCAUUUGACUUCAAACAUUUGUGAAUCUUCUCUUUUAUAUCCGGUUUCAACCUGCUUAGCCCUUCCUUGGCAGAAACUCCAGUCAGAGUCCCCUCCUGACCAGGCCUUCCAACAGUUCUGUUCACUGCCAGCUUACCCAGCUCCCUAGAACUUCUAAAAGUUUUCCUCCACUACUUACCAAGCAAAGUUUACACGAGUUAAAUACAUUAUCUCAAUGAAUCAUUUGCUGUAGGACAAAUAGCCCGUCAUGGCCACACAGAAACACACCUAGAAUCACAACUGCGGCAUCACUGGAACACUGAUGUUGGCCUAGCUUUUCUCUUUUACAAGAGCCAGCAACUUCCUCCCUGAGCAGCCCCUAGUUUUGCUGUUUUCCACAUCCUUGGCCCUCCCACUUGGGUCCCAUCUUUUCUGUCCAACCCUAUUCCAGACAGCAUGUCUAGACAUCCUCCACUGUCUAGUUCUCAACUGGGGCCUCAUGUUGGGAGGGAGGAAUGGAGGGCCUUGUCACUCCCUGAUCUUUCUCUGGUAUCAACUUUUUUUUUCUUUCAUCAGAUGCAAGACCAAAAGUGAGUCUGGUAAAAACCAGCACCUCCACCUAUUACCAAGUAUGUCUAGGGUGGGCUUUUAGUUGUGGCCUGACCACUCCAGUGUUAAGUGAGUAGCCACUAAGGAAAAUACUGCUCUUGACUUUGCUGGUUCCCCUGGUACCAAUCUUCCCCCUUCAUCAACAUGUCAGAAGGAAUGCAAGUUCAGCUGUGGUGUCUUGGAAAGGCUGCUUCCUUUUAACUGUCCUCUGAGGUUCCGGAAACACACACAGAAUUUGGGAAAAGGUUCUUAGACCUUGGAAUUCUUCAAUUACAAGUAUAGUAGUUGGUCGACAUCAGGGAAAAGAAUGCUGUAAAAGGUUUCCACUCAGUGCUUCUAUCCCUUUAAGAUCUGAAAGCAACUGUCUGGCCCUUAGCCUGCACAUCUACUCUAGAGCUAGUGUAAUCACUGAGGCUGCAUUCCGAGGGACUCUGCCUUCUGACUGACAGGUGGAGUGAACGUGGACAAGCACACAGAGGAGAGCAUUACAUCCUUUUCUUCCCCAGUUGCUGGAAAUUAACUUAUCUACAUGAGGCUUGAGAAUCUGUCCGAAGGUCAGCAGUUCUGAGCAAUGACUAGAUAAUUCUGUGAUUUGUGAGACCACAUUAAAACACAAACAGAACAUUAUGACUAUCUGCUUACAUUCAAAGAAAAUAGAGUGAUUGCUGCAGUUAAACCUAAAACAAUCUAUUGGGGGAUCAAGGUAUUAUCGGCAGAUGCUGAUAAAGGGAAAGUGCUACUAAAAGAAACCGGAGUCGGCAGAGGGCUUCCCUUCUCCAGUGUUUCAAGAGAGGAGGCUGUCUUUGGUGACUCAACUCCUUAUACCGCCGCCCUUUAGCACCAGGAGUCUCCCAAUGACGUUGAAACCGGUUCACCAAAAGUUAAGUACUUAUGAUUCGUGUUUGCCAUGAAGAGAGCACCAGAAGCUUGUGGAAGAGGACACAAGAAGCAAGUUACUCUUAACAGGAAGCUAAAGAUUCCAUUCAAACUCCCGUGUGCUACAAGGGACAAACAGCCAGCCCUCCUGGAGUGCUGGAAGCAAAGCUUGGCGUGUACUGGGCCUGAGUGCCGUUUCACUGUCAAGUUUCUGCCAGGAGAUCAAAGCCCCACCUCUGGAUUCAAGUCUCAGCUCAAGUUACUGGGAGAAUGAGCUGCCCAGAGUCUGCUGCUGAGGGAAAAAGUCACUGCACUCUACGGUUUUCUUUUCCUGGGGACAACACCUGAGGUCCCCAAGGGGCAUAUGGCCUCACACACAGAGCACUGAGUUAGCUCCCUGAUGCUGGACCAGCAUCCCUGUGGUAGAAACCAGAGCAGCAUCCUUCAUCCACUGGGUCGGUGAGGGUGACAGCAGCACAGGGCAGUUUGACCGCCAAGAACUCUUGUCUCAAAUCCCUGGCGAGGAAACCUCUUGGCUUGCUUACAUCUGAGUACAGAGGAACUAGAACAUACAUGCCUUGUUGGCUGUAGUUUUAAUCAUCUCUUCUAGAACUUAGAAGUGUCUUACUGAGUCAUCCACUCGGUGCAGUCCUGCUGUCCCUUCUGUCACAGUCAUGGGAGGCAGAGGCUGGUCAGUACUGUGGGGUUCAGAGACCCGGAACUCUUAUCACGUUAGUGUCUGCUCUGCCUGGGCACGAUGGGGCCCAGAGUAAGAACUUUUUAAUAAUUCCAGCCUGCAUAGGGGUUCACGUGGCAGCUCAGUGAUGGUUAUCAGGAAGACUGAACAGGGACAUAGGCUCCAACUAAUUAAAAAUUGUUUCUUCUUUCCACCCUUGUUUUUGUUAUUGCUUUGUUUUUUCUUCUUCAAAGGCCAGCUCUCCCCAUUUCUUGGAUCCACUCUGUCCUACCCUGUGAUAUCUUUAAAGCCCGUGGGAGUGAAAGGCACCCCAGGAAGAAGGCCCCAUUUGGAGGGGUCCUGUGAGAGGGACUCCUGUGUGGGCUAGCCAGGACUGGUGGUGACAAGUUCCUGGUUUCGAUGCCCCAAGCCCCCACCCUUAGUGGGAAGGGAAGAAGGUGUGUAUGUGCCUUCUGUGCAGGUGUCGGUCAGAUGGGGUGUCCGUCUCUGGGUGCUACGGGAGGUUCAAAGUGGAGACAGGGUGGGCAACCUCUGUUGAGUCUUCCUUCAUAUCCAGCUCAAGUCUUGUUUUCUGGCUUCCUUUGGGCCUAGAAACCUCUCCCUCCAUCUGCUCUAAUGGAGUGAAGGACCCUGUACAACCUUGUGAGGGUCACUUUCACCUCCCCAUUCACUGAAGCUACUGAAGUGGGAACUGGAUGGCAUCAGUGCUGUGGUAAUGCCAGCAGUAGCGGCGCUGAGGUAUACUGCUGUGAGCUCCUGUCUUUGUGUCAGACCGUAGGGAGUUAGAUGGACAGCAGUAGUCAACUGAGUAGAGGUGAAAGCUCCUUCCAGAAGCAUGAUUCUUAGAGAUCAUUUGACUUGAAAACUACAUUCCAACACAUGAGAAUCAGUGACCCCUUUAGUCGUGCAUCUCUUAACACGGUCACCACAAAACCAAAGCACUGGGGGUGCAGCGAGGCCUCCACAGCUUGGGUGAGGCUUCUCUGUUGCUCUUCAGUUUUGCCAGGACACUUCUCGGAAGGGAGGGCCUCUGCUUUUCCUGCUGCUUUUCACUCUGAUCAUAGCAUGCGGACCGCACCCUCGCCCAGGCUGAGAGGCCACAAGAUGCCAAGAACAUCCCUGUUGCCUCCCCAGGAAGAGCCCACAGCCUUCUGACCCCCUGGGCUCCCCUCCCUCCACAACCACACUGGUGUGUGGUACCUUCCAAGGAGUCAUUUCUAUUUCUGUUUUAAGUGCCUAAGCAAGUUACAGACCUCUGGGACCUGCCAGAGGGUUGGCCCGUGCCCUGCUCUUCCCCUCCCCGCCUGCCCUGCCGUGGGCGCCCCCUGCAGGUCCCUGUUCUGCAGGCAGAACAGCUGCAGGCAAGCACGUGGGCCAUGAAGGCCUGGCAGGCUGACUUCAUCUCUCAUUCCUGUGUUUCUUUUGUAGGGGUGUUUCUGUUAUGGGGUUGCAGUCUUGGUUCGUAAAAACCAAUAAGGAGUCUGCAAAGUCUGUAGCUACAGAGAGGAAGGGAAGCAGGGCAGCCUAAGAGCAGAACUCAUCUCUGUCAACAAAGUGCAUCCAGGUCCCUACACAGAAUCUGCUGACACCUUUUGGCCUCCUUCCAGGUGGGGUAUCUGCCAUGGACUCAGAAAGGCCCCAGUUGUAGGGACUGAAAUGAGCAACAGUGCAUCUGUGGGGCGCGUGUGAGCCGACUUGCUUCUUUACUAAAGUGACCGGGGGGUGCAGGCCAGUGUGCACUCUGCUCACACCCCAGCACUGAGCGGCACUCAGUGGUGUAUUAGAAGGUUUUGCAAAAUGAAGCAAUCCAGACCCAGGCACUUUAUUUUCAUUAAUGAUCCAGAAUUUUUGUUUGGACAAUGGCACCCCUCAAAGGGCUGGACUUCCACAGCGAGGCAUGGGCACACGUGCCCGAGGCAGCCUUCUGGCUGAGGUGGAGGAAUGGUGUCCAGCGGGGGACAGUGACAGCCUGGUUUUCUAGAGAGAGGUGUGUGUGUGUGUGUGUAUUUGUGUGUGUUUAUGUGUGUCACCCACUCUCCAGAUGUCAACUUAGCAGCUCCUACAAGUGCUUGUCAGUGUCUUGGCCAUCACUGAGAGGGAUGACGUGAAAGCUGUGAGCUUGGGCGCUGCACCUCGAGGUGGUCAGAGUCCCGGUUUCCACUCACGUGGCUGGGCGUCAGCUAGCCAGUGGACACAGUGCUAGGGGUUUGUCUUGGAGGACACUAAGCUCUCCCUGUCUUCUCAGGGUGGUGUGGCGUGCUAGCGAGUGGGAAGGAGCCUGCGGUCACAUGUUGGUCAGAUCCUGUGGACCAGAUGCGCUGGGGCUGCCCGAGAGCCCGGUGUCCACCAAACCCUAAGUACCUGGGCAGGGUACCUGCUAGCCUGGCUCGGGGCCAGUCCCUUGCUGCCUUGGCCAUGACAUGUCUUCGUCUCUGUGUUUUCCUUUGGUGUCUCCUGGUCUGUCCCCCAUCCUGUGCACCAUGUGUCCCUGAGGGGAGCCACACCAUGUCUGAGUCUGCUGUGAGGGGUUCAGUCUACCUCAGGGGGUCACCAUGGUCACCGCUCUCCGUAGCAAUCCUGACAUCGCCACACACACUGGAAUGUAUCUCUGCCCUGGCCCUGCCUUCCCCGUCAGUAACUUCCUGACCCCACCUUUCCUGUAAUCACCACCAACUCCUAGUGCAAAUUGGAUGCUGCUUUAAAUGUGAAAACAAUUGUUCAAAAGCUAUAAAACCUGAAUGAAAGCUAAAGCUGAAUUUAUAAGCCUUGUUGCAUAUGAGCCAAAAGUGCAAAAAGCUCUAUAUAAUGAACUAACCUGCCACUCAUAUAAAUAUAAAUAUAUAUAAAUAUAUUAAAAUCAGACUGUUCUACAAAAGUGUGUAUUUGUAUUUUUGUGUACGUACAAUUUUCUGCUAAGCAGAAGGAGGAUGUAGUAUAGGAUGCUGUGAGAAGAGACUUGGUUGAAUCCUAUUUCUUUGUUACUUAUUUUUGUUCACAUCAGAUGCCUGUUUCCGUCUUUUAUGUGUAUGACACUGUUUGGAAAGCUGCAGUAUCUCUCUUCCUAGGUCCAGAGUCCACUUGAGAUGAAAACUGGUGUUCAGAGUUGUCCAGGCCACCAAAAGUGGUCCUGGGGCAGGACUGAAGGAGGGUGCAGCCUCUGGGAAGCAGAACACCACCUCUAGACGUCACCUUCCCCAACACAAGACUGUCACUUCCAAUAGCUGCCCCAGGGCGCAGGGAGAAGCCCAGUUCUGAAGGGAGGAUUCCGUCUGGGCCGAGACUGACCCAGCCAUCACACCAGGUGACAACUGUCCCUGGGCUGUGUCCUUCUCUGGUAGUCGCUGCCUUGUUUCUGACCCAAGUCACCCGAACACCUCCUCCAGCCCCAACCCCAAGAGCAUCUCUGAACCCACUUUCCCGGUGCUAACACAGGAGGGGGCGAGUGGCCACCCGUCCCAGCCAGCACCCAACCUGAGAGAGGAAUUCCCGCCCCAGACAGGACCCUACUCCAGGGAGAGUGAUACUGCACCUUCGUCUGUGGGGCUCAUAUUUAUAACCACGUGUACUGACUGUAGCAAACAGCCCUUGUUUCUAGAUGUAAAUGGUCCAAGAAACAAGCGUUCUUAUUGUAUUGAUUAAACUAGUUCUGAUGAGUCCUGUAUCAUUGUAUCUCCUAUUCUGGAUUAGUGCCUUUUGGACAGUAGACUGUUCUGUAAUUAAAAUGUAGUAUACUGCUUUUUUGUACAGUUUUGUUUUAAUAAAACUUUUUUUUAAUUUGUG